GUCAGAGCAUCUGAUGGUGGUGUUUGUGUUUUGUUCUGCUCAUGUUGUUCAGACUCCGCAGCGAUGCGCUUCAUCCGGACCUGUUUAUAUUCCUGAAACCCAUCGCUCAUAUUAUUCUGAUUAAUCUAUCAAUAUCUGUUUUUGCUCAUCUAUGAUCUUAAUAUGACGAGCGCUUACAUCAGACCUUCAGCUGAAGGGGCCACAGAGAAGGACCGGCUGCUGAGUCCGGUGAUGGGAUACGGCUCCGGUGACCUGAACGGCGGGUGUCACCGCAGCGCCCCCUCCCUGGACGUGUGUGUGACGGGCCCUCGGGGGCCGGAGGAAGAGGAGGAGGCCCUGAGGAGGAAGCUGAAGUACUUCUUCAUGAGCCCCUGUGAUAAAUACCACGCGAAAGGCCGCAAACCCUUCAAGCUGGUCCUUCAGCUGCUGAAGAUCAUCUUAGUCACUGUACAGCUGGUGCUGUUUGGUCUCAGUAAUCAGAUGGUGGUGGCGUUUAAAGAGGAGAACACCGACUCCUUCAAGCAUCUGUUCCUCAAAGACUAUCUGGACGGGUCUGAGGAGCCGCUGUGCAUCCACACGCAGAAGAGCGUCCACGAUCACAUCAACUACACCAUAGAGCGGUAUCUGUCUCUGCCGCAGACGUCAGUGGGAAGGUACGCGUAUGUCCGCGGUGCGGGUGUGAACGACAGCGCCCUCUACCUGUGCCAGCACUACUACAGGAAGGGCAGCAUCGACCCGGUCAACGACACGUUUGACAUCGACCCGCAUGUUGUCACGGAGUGUGUCGGAGUGGAUCCACCGCAAGACCCUUCAGCUCCACGGCAAAACCACUUCAAGACCUUAAACCUCAAUUUCCAAAAGCUGAUUAAUGUGACCGUCCAGUUCCAGCUGAAGGCCAUAAACAUCCAGACCAUCAUCAACAACGAGAUUCCCGACUGCUACACCUUCUCCAUCACCAUCCUGUUUGAUAACAAGGCUCACAGCGGUAAAGUGAAGCUCAGUUUGCUCAACGAUGCGUCCAUUAAAGAGUGCCGAGACCCUAACGUGUCGGGACACGCGGACAGUUAUGCGCGCGUGGCGUUCGAUGUGCUGGUGGCGGUGGUGUGCGGCCUGUCUCUGGUGUUGUGCGGCCGCUCCAUCCUCAGAGGAAUCAUCCUGCAACACGAGUUUGUGUGUUAUUUCCGUCAGUCUCUGGGCCGUCCGGUGUGUUGGGCCGACCGGCUGGAGUUCAUCAACGGCUGGUACCUCCUGCUCAUCAUCAGCGACGUGCUCACCAUCAUCGCCUCCUUCAUCAAGAUCGCCAUCGAGACCAAGAACCUGUCGUCGUAUGACGUCUGCAGUAUCUUGAUGGGAACCUCCACCCUGAUGGUUUGGGUCGGGGUGUUACGAUACUUCAGCUUCUUCCAGAAAUACAACAUCCUGAUCGUGACUCUGCGGGCCGCGUUCCCCAGCGUGAUCCGCUUCUGCUGCUGCGCCGCCGCCAUCUACAUGGGCUACUGCUUCUGCGGCUGGAUCGUCCUGGGACCCUACCACGCCAAAUUCCGCUCUCUCUCCACGGUGUCCGAGUGCCUGUUUUCCCUCAUCAACGGAGACGACAUGUUCGCCACCUUCUCGGACAUGGAGCAGAGCGGGGCGCUGGUGUGGGUCUUCAGUCAGGUGUACCUCUACACCUUCAUCUCGCUCUUCAUCUACAUGGUGCUGUCGCUCUUCAUCGCGCUCAUCACCGGAGCCUACGACACCAUCACCCAACAAACACAAGAGGUGCCGCAGCCGUCUGAACUGCACCGGUUCAUCGCCGAAUGCACCGACACGCCGACCUCCGGAAACUUCCACUGUCCCGAGCCGUCGACCUGCUCACUCUUCUGCUGCUUCAGCUAGAGUGUGUGUGUGUGUGUGUUUCUGGGGAAUCGGGAUGGACACGCACUCCUAUGUUUGUUUGUUCACAGAUAAACUGUUAUUUGAUAUGUAAAUCCGUUAUGAUGAACGAGCAGAGACUGUUUGCAUAUUCAUGAGCGUCUUGUGUCUAGAACAGGUGAAGUGAGGCGAGGAGGGACAACACUCUCACACACACCAACACACACCCCACACAGGACCUUCAGGGGUUUGAGGAGCCACAGCAAACAUGUCCAGGUCAGAUUACAGACAGAAAAAAAUAUUUUGGGAUUUAAAAAAAAAAAAAAAAAAGUAAGCCGUUUUUAGGACUAUUAUGAUGUUUCGCUUUGUGAGAUUAUUUUCAUGACUUUUAAAAAUAAAAGUACUUUUUAUGCAUGAAUUUAAGAUUUUAAGAUUCAAAUGGAAAGUACAACAAAUGCCUGACACAAAUAGUUUCGAGAGAUUUUGUCAUGAAAAUAAUGUCAUAAUGCAAAAACAUAGACGUGUUAUCUAACGCGCACAUGAGACAUAGUUCAUGUUUAUUCAUAUUUCCGGAUGAAAUACGACAUAUAACUCUAAUAACUGUAUAUUUCAGGUGUUUUUGGUGAAUCUCGUGACGUUUCACCUUAAAAACGCACAAAAAAAUAAGAAGUUGGCUCUUUUUUUCUUAAUUGCUGGAAUUAUUUUCCAUUUUAAAUCUGCAUAAAUAUAAGUUUCACAUUCAAAUACAAGAUGGAUA